AUGUCCGUCCCCAUUCCUCGCCUAUCCGCAAGUUGCCGUCCGGCCCGUCUCGUGUUGUGUCGCGUCACAUCGUCGAGCUUGAAGCGGCGGUGUCAUCAACGUGCCAGAGUGUCUCUUCCAUCGGCACCCGUCACUCUAGAAGCCAUUGGGCGGGAGCCACAGCAGGCAUCGGAAUGGAGUCACAUCAAUCGCUGCUUCUCUGGCGGCGCGGUAUCCGUGGGCAGUACACUUCUGAAGACUGAAGCUGCCGCUCCGGCUCCGAGUCCCGGUGGCGGUUCCCGCUCCAACGGCAUCGACUGUGUCUGGCAGUCUGCCAACUUCGCGCGUGCCACCAUCGCUAGCGAGCGGACCGGGCUGAGUCAAAAUACUACCAAGACAUGCGCUAUCGUUGGUGCCUACGUGCUCUCAUUCCCAAUCUCCAAGUCCAAGAGUGACGAAUUUCAGUUCCUGGCGGCGUCCAGGGAGACGCUAUGA